CUCUGUUUUCCUCGUCCUCGUAGUCGUGCGCUAUUCGUGCUGAAAUGCAUCUUCUAAGUUGAAGAGACUUGAUCUUGUUUCUUCUGAAAGAAGACGAGACAGUGACAGAGCAUAACUCUUGCUCCUUUGCUAAAGUAAACUUCUAAGGUUAACAUACAGUAUUUAGUCAGCGCAGUUGUCCAAGUUUUUCAGGCUACCCAACACUAACUAGCACUAGUGUACUAGUACUCUUCAACGAAUAAAUUAUCGCUCGACGAAGAGGUAAAAUAUUAAAACUGCCAAACUAAAAGCACAAAAAUGCCGCGGAAAUCGUUGAACAAGCUCGCCACUAUCGCCACCGCCGCCGCCUUCCUCACGGACGGUCCGGCGGUGGGGGGGGCGCUUGUCUCCGGGGCGAAGAACAAGAACGCCGCCACCAAGACGCACCUUUGGGCUGGACGGGAAGACGUGGAGAGCAACUUGAUGCAGGUGGACGCGUCGAAGAACUCGAACCGUGGGAAAUCUUCGAAAGGGCGGACUACCCAGGACACAUGUGAGCUUGAGCUUGACGCCCUACGAGACUCCCAUCUAAGCACCGUAUGUGAAGAUGAGAGCUUGAGCUUGGUGGAUCUGCUUGUGACAUUGCCAGAAGGGGGCAGAUGGAAACCGUGCGUGGACGAUUCGGGGAAGAGUGGGCCUAAUCCUUACCCGGAUUUUCAAGACGGCAGCAAACGCAGGUGUCCGCUCGGGGUUGAGGUGCAGUGCGUCAGUGGGAAAAAGCAGGGGAAACCUGUACAACUCUGCGAGGGAUGCGGGAAUGGUUAUUGGGACGGCUGCGGCGACGGUUGCCACAGGGAGGAACACGUCAAGUUGGUCGAGGGGCAUGAAAUUAAAAACGUAUGCGUUUCCGGGUCUGCUGGCGCUGCGUGGGACGGGGGGGUUUGUGGAGAAGGAUACAAACGGGACCACCCCAUUUACAAUUUCCGCACCCGAAGAUGCGAAGAUGCGGGACAGCCCCAUCGACAAUUUCCAAAACCGUCGUGGCAGUCGUGGGGGUUGCGUUGAGAAGGGGAAAGGGAGAUGGUGCGAACUAGAGGAGAAAAGGAAGAAGAAAUACCAGACACCAAGUUCGUCCUCGUAUUCGAACAAGAACUACCUGAUACGUCUCUAUGUUGUUGAUUACGUACAAGUAUAUUACCUUUGUAAGCCUCCUCAAUUUGUGACAACUCAGCCAGUUGUAUGGUUUUCUUUGCAGAUACUUGCCAGAAAAAAAUUCAUAACGACAGCAGCACUUUAAUACACGAGCGGUACUUGUUGACCUUGACGCUGACGUAACUUUUGCAGGAGAUGAGGGGGAAUAGGAAUAGUGGGACUGCUGUCGCACGUUGCUUAAGGUUAAGAUCGCAGCAGAAUAUUUUUUUUGUUCAUAAGUACUUGUUUGAUUUUCGAUCCUUUUUGUCUCCGUAUCCGUUUCGUCUUGUCCGUAAGUGCUCUUUGUUUAUCUCAUUAAUACAUUACGAGGAAUCCAUGUAUACAUUUUUUUCGCUUCAGUUUCUAGUUCUCGUUUUCUUUGUUCUGAGGGAAGAACGUUUCUUGUUUAGUAUUGUGUGCUUGUGUAGUUUCUGUUUGAUGUUAUCCCCAUCAGACUAACAAGCGCGGCCUCGAUACCCCAACCCCAAGUUUCUCCAAGUCCUCCAUGCAAACCCAAACGCAUAAUCAUUAUCAUAU